AGCGCAGGGGGCUGCAUGCGUCCGCUGUGCUUCCGCGACCGAGUGCAGCCGCGAGCUCUGCGCCGAUAACCAGUGCGAACGAGCGUGCGUGUGAGUGACGGUGCGUUCGAGAGCGACUGUGGAAAAGUGUUUUGCGCGCGCGCGUGUGUGUGUGUUAGAGGAAGCGUCUCGGUAUGAGCGAUAGACAGGCGGUGGUUUGAUCGGGAGUUCUCGGGCAGACUGACGGAUCCUCUCCUCAUCCUCCUCCUGGUCCCCUCGUGUUCCCGGUGGUCUUCGCGUGUUCCACGUCGUCGCUGGGAUGUCGGCGUUGCCUGGAGCGACGGAUAACAGCCAGAGGAACUCCUUGGAGCUGGACCCCGAGCAUGCCCAGAGGCUUCCGGGGGCGGAGUCUGGGCAGGCCCCGCCCGCCCAGGUGAAGCUGAAGGAGAGACAGAAGUUCUUUGAGGAGGCGUUCCAGCAGGACAUGGAGCAGUACCUGUCUACCGGCUACCUGCAGAUAGCUGAGAGGAGAGAACCAAUAGGCAGCAUGUCUUCCAUGGAGGUGAACGUGGACAUGCUCGAGCAGAUGGACCUGAUGGACAUGUCAGACCAUGAAGCUCUGGACGUCUUCCUGCACUCUGGGGGAGAGGACAACAGCGCAGCCUCACCGGGUCCGGACGUGGAGUCGUUCACCUCCGAGAUCAGCCUGAAGGUCCCCACCCAGGCAGACCUGAGGCACAAGCUCUCCUCUCUCUCCUCCACCUGCACCGACUCGGCCAGCCAGGACACCGAGGCUGGCGAAGACGACGAGGAAGAGGAGAACGGAGAGGCCGGCCGCUGCACGGUGGUGGUGACGCUGGACGAGGAAGAAGUUCACCUCGAUACGGCGUUGGCCGAAGCGGCGCACUCGCCGACGGUGCCGCAGGGAAAUGAAACGAGGAAAGACCGCGGGGGCAGUAGCUUGUAA